AUAAAGCAUGCCACGCUGAAGCCCUUCCCCUUAGGCCUAGGCCCUCGCCUCACCAAGCGACAGGUAGAGGUGACAACCGGGUCGCUCGUUCAUGGACCCAGGUAACGACACACAAUGCCAUGGAACAAAGUCCUGCUCAUCGAGGGCAUCUGACCCUGGGUGCACGAAUGAAUUAACUGAGUUAAUGUUGACUACGUUCCUGAUUAGUAUUCACGGAGUAAUUGGUGACCACACCAAAAUGUCGUUCAAGUGCGAGGUCCAGAGGCCUCGAGGGCUGGGAUUUACCCAUCGGAGCCGUCCGCUCACACGCCGUUAGUAAGGGUUCCGCCGACUUCACUGGAGGGAGUAAAGUCACUUUUGGAAAUCGCCUUCGCCAGCGAAGUCCGCCAUGGUCCGGACUGGAGUCGCCCCAGGAGCCGCUACCGGAACUUGACCAGCUCCCUUUCGGCGUCGCGCCCGCCUUCCUGGACCAGACCGGAAGUGGCUUCCGGACAGCCGCCGCCGCAGCUCCGUAAAGCAAGAUGGCACUUCUCUCUGAGGCUAUUAUCUCCAUUUUAUAGCUAGUAUUCCUCUUCUCACCAGUUACUCUCGAUUUCCAUCCCGCGCCCUAAUUUUCGUCAGCACCACAUUCAUGUUUUUCUUUCAUUCAGCCUUGGUGGAGGAUGGUCUGGAGGCAACCUAGAACCAGCCUGAGCAGCGUGGGGCACCAUUUUGUACGGAAACUGAAGGCAGGGCGGGGGCGUGGGAGGCCUCCCGAGGAGGCCCGGCUUGAGAGAGAGCGUGGGGGGGAGGGCGUUGUUCGUCGAUGACGUAUUUCCGCUUCUGGUCUCCCUGGUCGUUUUUGGUUGGAUCGGCUCGUUGCGGGGAGGGAGGGGGAAGAUUGUUUGCUGCCUAGAAGCUCCGCGGACGGGAAUGUAAACUGAGCUCACCAGAGACGCUCAUCCUACAGCCUCAGUUCGGGCCCAACCUUCUCUCUCCAGCUGCCACCACAGCCUGGAGGCGCCUGCCUCCACCCUCCCGAAUGGUGCUCCUCCUAGCAGGCCUCGGCCCAGGAUCCAAGCCCCCUUUGCCCUCAGCCUUGGAGCUGUUGCUCCGGGUUUCUCAUAGUGGACUCCCUGUGGCGGGAAGGGAAGAACUUUUGCACAGACAAGGCUUCAGCUCUAAGAACCCCACUGACAACUUGAAUGUCAACUCUAACCUAGUGUGAGGUUCUUCCUCUGCCCACCUUUUCUGCCUUUUGAGAAGAGAAACCCUUCUCCUGGCCGUCUAGAACCCAGGAAGCCCCAAGCUGGGGCCCUGGUCCCAGCAUGUCAGUCCUCUCUUGUGCGUAGGGCUCUGCCCUCUCCCUGUCAGCAUGGCUGAGCUCAGACAGGUUCCAGGAGGGCGGGAGACCCCACAGGGGGAGCUGCGGCCUGAAGUGGCAGAGGAUGAAGUCCCUAGGAGCCCAGUCGCAGAAGAGCCAGGAGGAGGUGGAAGCAGCAGCAGUGAGGCCAAAUUGUCCCCAAGAGAGGAGGAAGAACUGGAUCCUAGAAUACAGGAGGAGCUGGAGCACCUGAACCAGGCCAGCGAGGAGAUCAACCAGGUGGAACUUCAGCUGGAUGAGGCCAGGACCACCUAUCGGAGGAUUCUGCAGGAGUCUGCAAGGAAACUGAAUACACAGGGUUCCCACUUGGGAAGCUGCAUCGAGAAGGCCCGGCCCUACUAUGAGGCUCGGCGGCUGGCUAAGGAGGCUCAGCAGGAGACACAGAAGGCAGCACUGCGGUAUGAGCGAGCCGUCAGCAUGCACAACGCUGCUCGGGAGAUGGUGUUUGUGGCUGAGCAGGGCGUCAUGGCCGACAAGAACCGACUGGACCCCACGUGGCAGGAGAUGCUGAACCAUGCCACCUGCAAGGUGAAUGAGGCGGAGGAAGAACGGCUUCGAGGUGAGCGGGAGCACCAGCGAGUGACUCGGCUGUGCCAACAGGCGGAGGCUCGGGUCCAAGCCCUGCAGAAGACCCUCCGGAGGGCCAUCGGCAAGAGCCGCCCCUACUUUGAGCUUAAGGCCCAGUUCAGCCAGAUCCUGGAGGAGCACAAGGCCAAGGUAACAGAACUGGAGCAGCAGGUAGCUCAGGCCAAGACGCGCUACUCAGUGGCCCUUCGCAACCUGGAGCAGAUCAGCGAGCAGAUUCACGCGCGGCGCCGCGGGGGUCUGCCGUCCCACCAGCUGGGCCCUCGGCGCUCCUCCCCCGUGGGGGCUGAAGCAGGACCUGAGGACAUAGAGGACGGAGACAGCGGGAUUGAGGGGGCCGAGGGUGCGGGGCUGGAGGAGGGCAGCAGCCUGGGGCCCGGCCCCGCCCCCGACACCGACACCCUGAGUCUGCUGAGCCUGCGCACGGUGGCUUCGGACCUGCAGAAGUGCGACUCCGUGGAGCACUUGCGAGGCCUCUCGGACCACGUCAGUCUGGACGGCCAAGAGCUGGGAAGCCGGAGUGGAGGGCGCCGGGGCAGCGACGGCGGAGUCCGUGGGGGUCGGCACCAGCGCAGUGUCAGCCUGUAGUCGAGGGACCGGGGUUCCUGGCUUGUAUCUGCUAUCCUGGGCCGGUCGGGGCCCACAGGCUUCUCACGCCCUCUCCUCUGGGGCCUUGGCUUCCCGGAGGUCCCCUUCUCCAGUGCUUCCCUGGAGAGGCCAGCUGUGUUCGAGUCCUCUGUGCCUGCCCUGGCGUUCUCUCAGCCUCCCCCUUCCCUUCAGCAGGCAGCUCUCUCUGCCUUACCCAUGCGGAAGGCUUGCCGUCGGCGCUCUGCCUGCCCCUCCUGCUGGCUCAUCACGAUCUGCAGGGCACUGACCCUUUGCUUUCCCUUUCUCCUCCCUCUCCUUCCAUCUGUUUGGCUUCUUCCCUCAGGGAACUUGGUCUGGAAGGCACGGGGAAGCUCAUCAGAGAAAAUGGGUGCUGGGCCUGCGCACUUCGGUCAGAGGGGAUGGACAGGCACCCUCCCGCUGGUUUUCUGGCCCCGCCGCCUUCCCAAGGCGACUCUGGAGGGCACCGUGGGUAUGCCGCUGAGCCCUGCACCCCCGUCCUCUUCCAGCCUGCGCGUGUGUGACCUGUGCGACGUACUGCGCGCCUUGGGAAGACACCGCCUUUCCCUUCAGCGUUCCCUGUCAUGACCCGAGGCGCUCUGCAAUGUGUGCCCCAAAGCGGAACUUACAGGACCUGCAGGAAGCUGGUGUCGGGGAGAGAAACCCAACCCCACUGUCAACACGGGACAUCCCGCACUCCAGACUGGUCCCUGUGGGUGUGGUGUUGGCUGGGCUGGGUCCUUUACAUUGCCAAGGUGCUAGUGGGUCCCUAAGACGGCCUGUGGUGGGGUGAAGUCAUGAGGUCCUGAAGGCUGAGACCCUGUCAUUGCCAGCCUCACUUGCUGCACAGUUGUGUUUACUUUUUCUGGGUAGAGGAUGCUGAACUGACUCAGCACCGUCCUGCAGGGCGGGGUUAGGGAAUUUGGUGCUCAAUUGCUCUCCCUUGCUCUUACCCAAACUCAGUACCUACCGCAGGAUCCCUCGGGGCACACUCAAGCUUGUGCCAACCCUCUUAACUUCCUUUGUUACAGGGAGGGGUUGGCCUGGGGUGAAAAGUCCUGCCCUCCGCGGGGAGCAGCUCCAGCUGCCUGGGACAGUGCUCCCGGUUUGUAGGGAAGCCACACCAGAUCUGGGUGCCUUGGGAGAACCGGUCCGUCCUUUUGACCCACCCCAGGAGAGUGGAGAGCUCUUGUCUAGGCCCAUGUUCUGCCAGCGACCGGGAUGAGUGGGCCUCUGGACUGCACACGGGGUCUGCAGGUCGAGGGAGGUUGGUCACGAUGAGAACCUCGGGGUUUGAGGUGGCCGUGGGCAGAGCAGAAAGGGGGAGGGUGUGGGUGUGCGUGCGUGCACGUGCUGGUGUGUAAGGGGGAAAGGGUCUUUACUGGUUUUAUUUAAAUAAAGUAGUUUAUGUAACAGUUAA